GCGCUUACACAUACGUUCAAAAACACUUUUAUGUCAUAAUCGAUUCAAUGUCGUAUUUGUUGAAUUGAGUGUUUAUGGCGGUUUGCGUGUGAGUCCGUGUGUGUGUGUGCGUGUGUGUAGGGACCGCCCCCUUUCAACAGUACAAACUGUGUCUGCAGACAUCCAUGGUGCCUUUCACCGGGACAAUCACCCACCGUGUGCUUGACGCUCUUUCAGGGAUUUUUGUGACCACAGCACUGAUCAACAGACGGACUAUGUUUGGCUUCCACAAGUCAAAGAUCUACCGGAGUAACGACGGCUGCUGCAUCUGCAAGACCAAGUCCUCCAGCUCCCGGUUCACAGACAGCAGCCGCUAUGAGGAGACCUUCAGGCUGUGUUUUGGGCUCUCAGAGGAUCGUGUUGGUGACAUUUGCAACGCCUGUGUGUUACUGGUGAAAAGGUGGAAGAAGCUGCCAAUUGGCUCCAAGAAGAACUGGAACCAUGUGGUGGAUGCCAGAGCUGGACCAGGCUUUAAGGUGACCAAACCCAAGAAGAUCAAGAACAGUGAUGGGAAGAAGAAGAGCAAGCUAAAGAGGCUGCACAAGUUAAAGAGACAAACAGACUCAGACGCUCACAGCACCACCUCCAGUGUGUCUCCUGCUCAGUCUCCCAGUUACAGCAACCAGUCGGAUGAUGGCUCAGACAUCGAGUCCAAACAGCAGAGACGCUCCACACCUUCAAUCUUCUCUUUCUUGGACCGUACCUACUGGAAAAGACAGAAGGUGUGCUGCGGCAUCAUCUACAAGGGUCGAUUUGGCGAGGUCAUUAUCGAUCCCCGCCUUUUCAAGCCCUGCUGCAGCUCCAAAAAACCGAAGACCCUGACAUCCACACAAGUGACCACUCACUUGCCGGACACACUUCCGCCACAGCUCCCGGAAGAAAUGAAAGCAAGCUGGUGAAUGGUCUGGUUGAAUUCUCCCUGUGGGGUUAUCCAUGGCAUCCACGUGGAUUCGUCUCCAGUGGCAGACCUACUUCCGUAUCUUUUUUUCUUUUUUUUUUUUUUUUCCCCCUCCACCCCUUGUUAGAUCAGUUGGUUAGUUGUCUUCGUAAUAUUCCUUUUUAUAUGCUUAUUUUUUUAACUUUUGUAUAGAGUUGAUUUCCUUUUUUAUAGAUACAAAGAAAGAAAAAAAAAACUGGCGGGCAUUAGUGUUAUUUAUAGGAUGUGGAGACAAAAAUUUGGUAAAGCUCCACGUUUGAUUUUGAAUGAUUUUUGAUUAUUUUGUAUUAAUUGAUGAGCUUUUUGUAAAUAAGUCACCUUUUCAUACAUAUCAGGACUGUUGUAUUUUUUUUUUUAAUGUGUUUUUUUUUUUUUUUUUAUUGUGUCACAUUGUAAGUGCAUGAGAAAGGCACUGGCUGUUCAACACGUUGCUCUUGUGUCCACUCUGCUUUGUCCAUGUUUUCCGAACACAAAUAACUUGUUAAUUCCAGGGAUCUUUAGUGUAACUCUGAAUUCAACGACCUUUUUACUCUGUAUAUAGAAGAGAAGUCUCUCAGACAUGUUCACACUUAAAGCAUGCCAGACGUUUGAAGCACCCCUCGUUACUUUACCAGUUUGUGCACAUUGACUCAGAUGUUGUAAAACCAUGCAUGCAGUAUGUGUCUCUGGCUUUAGAAAUGACAGCAGUGAUUCAUUUUUAUUUUAUUUUUUUGUACCGUCACAAUGAAAUGGCAUUGCAUGUUAUGUUGAAAAGCAGAUUUUUUUUUUUUUUUUUUUUGGUAUAUAUCUUGACAUCCAAACCAUUUUAAACUAUGAAAAUGGCAAACCACUACAUUCAUGUAGGAAUUUUUCUUGUCUUGAAAUGUGCUGCACAGUUUUAAGCCAGUUUUUCUUUUUUGGUCAUCUUUUCACAUCUCAUUUUGUGUCUCUUUAAAGGCAGCUGUAGCUUUGCGCUCUGUGCAGAAGUGUGGACUGCAGGGAAGAAGAGUUACCAAAUUGUACCGUCAUUUCUCCAUGAAAAUCUUACUGUUUGAACACUGUUGUGAGAAACUUAACAUAACAUACAUUUUUUUUAGCCAGUGAAUUACUGUUGGAGAGAUGUGUUUGUCAUUGCUGUAAUUUAUUUUUUAGAAGCAACAGUUCAAACUAUGCAGACAUUUUGAAUGUGAUAAGUGCUCUGGGGCUGUCUGCCACUUUUUUGCUGUCAUGCUGUAAAGAAGCAGAUCUUUAUUCAACCAAACGGGCUUGUAAAAAGCAUCCUAUUUUAGCAAUAAUGCUCCAUUUUUUAUAAACGGCAGUCAAUAUGUCACAACAGUUUGGGUUUUUUUUUUUAUUCCAACGUGCAUACUAUCUGAAAUACUGCAGUGACAACGGUUGCUUUGUCUUUCAUUCACCUAACUUGUCUCAAACUAAAUUGUCAGGCAGUGCUCUGCAGAAGUUAUCUAAUAUAUGAACUUUUCUGUGGCGGGGUAGUUAAAUGCUGAACAUGUGUAUGAUUCUUAUUCAGAAGAGGAAUGCUGCUCUCUCAUAAGCUGGAAAAUAAGCUUGUAUUUUUUUGUCCUUAGGGAGUUGCCAUAUUGUUUUUGCGAGGUACAUUUUGGGAUGUGAGAUGUGCCUUAAUGACUUACCUGACUUUUUCCAUUAUGAUUCUUAUGUAAUUUAUAUUUAUUUAUUACAAAACCUUUUUAAUGGAAAUCUUGAGAUAACUGGUGUGGAGCCUCUCAGAAAGACAGUUUUUCUUUUUUUUUUUUAAUUUCGUGCACUUCCGUUGAACAUGCAAUGUAUGUUUUUUAUGCUUUUUUCUAUACUGUACCACAAAGUAGAUCUGUAUUAUAAUAAAUAGAUUAAAAAUGU